AUGGAAGAUAAGCAAGCGGCUAUGAUAAUUUUUCUAAUUUUAGUUGUGAUGUUGGCAUUGAUAGUCAGUGUGAAAUUAUUCAAUUUUUUCAGAGAUUUUGAUAAUCAAACUCAAUUAGAAUAGAAUUCUUUCAGAAAUUUAAUUUUGAAUAUAUUAGAAAAGACAAUACUACUAUCUUAAUUUCCAUAUGAAAAGAUGAAGAUUGCUUUUGAUGAAAUAUCAUAUCAGAUUAAUUCUUAAUAUGUUGGGUAUAGGUUUUAGUUCGAUUAUAAAGGAAAUUGGAAAUUUUGUAAAUAUAAAUAAGAGAAGGAUUAAAUUACUAUUUUUGAAAACAAUAGUAACAAAGAAUACAAAAAAUAAGGACUGGAUUAAUAGUUUGAGUUCUUCUCUAACAUAGAAAUUGUAAAUGAUAAAAAUUACUUUUAUAAUUAACCAAUAUCUCAAUAAUAAAUAAAUAAUGGAGAUAUUAGUGUUUUAAAUAUCUAUAUACUACAUUUGAAUCAAAAUAAUUUAAAAGCCUAUUUAAGUAACAAUAGUCUUGAAAAAAUUUCCAUAUUAUUUUUACCUUCAUUUAUUUUAGAUGAUUGGAGAAAGUAACCAACAACAAUCGAAGAAAGAUUCUAAAAAUUCUUAUUUUAUUUUGAACCCAUUCAAUAUAGAGUAGAUAUUUUAUAUAAAAGACUAUUUUUUAUUUGGUAAAAUCAAAAAGAUACACAUAUUAUUUUAGUAGAAAUCAAUUUUGAUUAGAAUUCCAUUAUUAUACAUAAUACUUUCAAAGAUAAUUAAAAUUAAAAUUAUUUAGAGCUGUGCAGAUAAUUAAAUUUUUUAAAAAUUUCAUCUGAAAUUUACCCUUCCAUAUGUCCUCUUUGUAGAGGAAAAAAAUUAAAAUCUGAAACAUAUGAAGCAUGCUUUUUAGCUUAUACUUACAAUUAGAGAAAUUUGGAAAAUUCAUUUGAAAAAUAAUCAGAUCUUUAAUAAUAUAUCAAAGAUAAAUUACUCAAAUUAUGA